AAAGGAUUAAAAAUGUAAUAUAUGUUAAAAAAAAAAUUCGCAUUUUUUGGGUCGUAAUUUUCCUUACCGCAGAGAGAUCUGUAGGCCGUAUAGAGCGGCCGAGCUUCCAUUCCCUCUCCUCUUUCCCUUCUUUGCUCAAUCGCUCUCUCUCUUUCUUUCUCUCUCUCUCUUCCUCUUUCUCUCUCGAUCGCUCUCUUUAUCUCUCGAUCGCGGGUUCUCUCUCUCUUUCUCUAUAUCAAUGGAGAUUUGAGAAGGUUUUGAUCAUCGUCGUCGUCCUCGUCGUCGUCGGGGAGUUGGAGGAGAAGGAGGAGAUCGAUAAUGGCGGCGUGGGAAGCUCUGGACGCAUUUUUGGCAGGGACGAGCAAAGCUUUUGUUACUCCCAUCGCCAUUUUCGUUCAGAUCCAGGGAUGUGUAAUUUGUUUAACUCUUGCCGUUGGAUGGUGUUUUGCUGCCUUUGUCAGGAAUAGAGUAAUACGACGCAUGAAGCAUAAUAUUGAAGGUGGUAACCCUUUCGCAUUUAUAUGUGAGGAUAUAAAUGAUCUUGAGCACUCGGCUCAGCUAAACUUGCCUAGAGUGUCAGUUGUCAUGCCUUUGAAGGGCUUUGGAGAACACAAUUUGCAAAACUGGAGAAGUCAAAUCACUUCUCUUUACGGAGGACCAGUCGAGUUCAUUUUUGUAGUAGAAAGUACUGAUGAUCCUGCAUACAAUGCUGUAUCUCUACUAAUCUCAGAGUUCAAGGAUAACAUUGAUGCGAAGGUUGUUAUAGCUGGAUUGUCAACAACAUGCAGCCAGAAAAUCCAUAAUCAGUUAGUUGGUGUUGAAAGGAUGCAUAAGGACAGCAAGUAUGUAUUAUUUUUGGAUGAUGAUGUUAGGCUGCAUCCAGGAUCAAUUGGAGCCCUAACAGCAGAAAUGGAGAAGAACCCAGAGAUAUUUAUUCAAACUGGAUAUCCUCUUGAUUUGCCCUCUGGGAGCUUGGGUAGUUACUGUAUUUAUGAAUAUCACAUGCCUUGUUCAAUGGGAUUUGCAACUGGAGGGAAAACUUUCUUUUUAUGGGGAGGUUGCAUGAUGAUGCAUGCUGAAGAUUUUAGAAAAGAUUUAUAUGGUAUCGUUAGUGGACUACAAGAUGGUGGAUACUCAGAUGAUAUGACGCUAGCAGCGAUUGCUGGGCAAUACAAAAGGCUUAUAUCUUCACCACCUGUUGCUGUGUUUCCUCAUCCCCUUGCAAGUGAUCUUAGCUUCUCAAGGUACUGGAAUUACCUUAGGAAGCAGACAUUUGUCCUUGAAUCCUAUGUAUCAAGAGUUAACUGGCUGAUGAACCGUGCGCUCUUUUCUUCACAUUGCUACUUGUCCUGGGGAUUUGUGUGGCCAUACUUUAUGGCAAUGAUUCAUGUUGCAACAGCGCUAAGAGCACCAUAUAGUGAGCGGUUAUCAACAGAAGUGUCUGACUCAUCUUGCGGUUUGCUGCUCGCUGGAUGCCUGCUUGUCUGCACUCUCAUAGAACUUACUUCAAUGUGGAACCUGACAAAAGUGGAGAUUCAAUUGUGCAACAUAUUAUCCCCGGAGGGGCCAAGAGUCUCACUUGGUUCAUAUAAUUGGGGACUUGUAUUUCUUGCUAUGCUGGUAGAUAACUUCUUGUACCCUAUUUCUGCCAUGCGAUCUCAUUUUUCACAGUCAAUAAACUGGUCUGGCAUUCGGUAUUACUUGAAAGAUGGAAAAAUUAACAAGAUUGAGAGAUUAAAAGAGAAUGGUUCAAACUAUACUGAUCUCGGAGGAAAACACUUAUAUCGGAAAAUGAUUUGCCCCCCGAAAACUUCCUUCCUCAGCUCCUUAUCAAGAAGUUUGGUGCAAUGGCGCCAGCCGAAGAAGUACGACAGCUAGUGUUAAAUCAGGAAUCGAAGCUCUCAUUUCUCGUUCUUUGCAGGCAUUUUGUUGAAUGUUUUUUUUCUUCCUCUUUCCCCCCUUAUUGUUAUUUAUUUGUCCAUUUUGAUUUAGUUGAUUUAUUCUUAUGGUGUAUUUUUGUUGCAUUCACCUUGUAGGGCAUGUAUUGCGUAGUCUCUGUAACAUUGUAGUUGAUAUUCAUGGAAACAGUAAAAUGGUCACCCAAUUUUUUUUCCCGUU